CUGACACCACAUCUGUCAUCUUCUUCUUCUCCUUCGGAUUGCUCUUUCAUGGAGAAGCUCACUUUUGUCAAAAAUGGCGUCUUGAGACUUCCUCCUGGUUUUCGUUUCCACCCAACUGAUGAAGAGCUUAUAGUUCAAUAUCUGAAAAGAAAAGUGUUUUCUCACCCAUUUCCCGCCUCCAUUAUUCCUGAAGCCGACAUCUGCAAAUCUGAUCCAUGGGAUUUGCCAGGGGAUUCAGAGAAGAAGGAGAGAUAUUUCUUCAGCAAAAAAGAAGCAAAGUAUCCAAAUGGAAACAGAUCUAACAGGUCAACGAAUUCCGGGUAUUGGAAAGCCACGGGUAUCGACAAGCGAAUCGUUUCUUCUAAAGAAAACCAGUUAGUGGGGAUGAAGAAAACCCUCGUCUUUUAUAGAGGGAAACCUCCUCAUGGUAACAAAACAAAUUGGAUCAUGCACGAAUUUCGCCUCCUCGACGGCGCCGCCGAUGAUGUCACGGUUGACAAUUGGGUUCUUUGCCGGAUAUUUCUGAAAAAGAGAGGCAACAAGAACGAGGAGACGAUGAUGAUCGUCGACAGAUCAGCUUUGGGGAAAACGAGGAAAGUUUUGUUUUACAAUUUCAUGGCCGACAAAGGAGGAAGAACUGAUGUGAACGGCGGAUCCCCCAUUUCUGUUGGUUCUUGUUCGUCGGAUUCAAGUGGGAUUACCGCGGAAUUGCCAAAAAUUCAUGAUGAUUCUGAUGGGAUGGAAGAAAUCAGCGGCUCUAAUACAUUGAUGUUAUUCAAGAGGAAACCCAUUUAGAAUCGUGUUGGAUCUUUCUUCCGUUUCUUAUAG